AGCACUUUGGAUAGACAAAGAGUAAGUAGGCUAACAAUGAAGAUCCCUGCGGCUCUAAAUAUGUUCUUGUUGCUCUGUGUUGGGGCUUCGCUGGCUCAAGAUUCAAUUACACCACAAAGAAUUAACAAUAUUGAAGAAAGACUGAGAGUCACAGAGGCCAUUCUGGGGGAAUUGAAGAGAGAGAACGAAGCUUUGAGGAGUUUUACACAAGCCUCAGAAAUCAAGCUUCAGUCUUUACAAGCAGAAAAUACAGCCAGAAAGGUUGCCUUUUCAGCUGGACUUUUAAACUCUGGACCACAACACACUGGACCCUUUGAAGAAUCAAGAACUCUGGUCUACCAAAAAAUCUUCAGUAACAUUGGAAAUGCAUAUGAUUCAAACACUGGCAUUUUCACAGCACCAGUAAAAGGAGUCUAUUUCUUCAGAUUUUAUGGUCAUUCACAUGUAGGGAACACAAUGGCGGUCAGUCUUUAUAAGAAUAAUGAACAGCAAUGCUCCGUGUAUUUUCACAAGACCCAGAGCGCUCCCAAUGGUAACGGCAGCAAUGGUGUUGUUCUUACACUGGAGAAGGCCGAUAAGGUGCACACAGAGCUGUGGAAAGACAGCUGGGUUUAUGACGAUGAGGCCAGCUUCACCAGUUUCAGUGGUUUCAUGCUUUUCCCUUUAUAAAUCUCAGACUCUUUAACCCACCAGAGGAUGUGAAUAAUUCUGGAUAAACAAUAUUAACAAUGUUUAUAUAUUACAUAAACAAUAAAACGAACAAUAAAAUUUUCUUGCAAUUAUAAAAACAA